CCGUGAAUUGAGAGGAGAGAACGCCACCUAUUCCUCUCUGGUUUUCUGCCUACAGACAAACCAUGUGUCUUUUCAAACCAUCUAUCUACCUUCUUUUUUUUGUUGAAAAAGGCAAUUUCCCUUUUCUACUAUAGUCUUUCUUUAAUUAAUAAUUUAAUCAUGUCUCUAUAAAGUAAUAUUGUUGUGUGUUAAAGAACAACAUUACAUACAAAGCUAGUCUCUUUAACGGUAAUUUAAUAUUUAACUCAUCACAUCCCAGGCUAAGCUGAUGUAUCAUUUGCUACGUGCCUUUUUUUCUUUCUUUUUAAGACAAUUUCAUCACCACUAAUAAUAUUAUAGUAUCGAGUACAAAUAAUGCAAUAAAUAAUAAAGUAGUGGAGCAGUAGUUCAUUUGGUCUUUUCUUCAAAUAGAAAACGACACACACUUGCGUACUAAUCCUAAUAUUAAUAAUAUAUCUUUGAAUCUAUAUCCUUUAUAUCUUGACUUUACUUUGCCUUUCUUUUCAUUCAUUAUUGGCGUGCUAUUAUAUAUAUAGUAUUGUUAUUGCUAUCAGAGAAAUAAUACAUAGUAGUGUUGUUUUACUAGCUAGUGUUCAUCAAUCAUUCAAUCAUAUGGAGAAUACGCUUAAGCCUUUGAGAGAUGGUGAGUGUGUGCUGGAUGUCCUCAGCCCAAGAUCCACCCCAAGACCCACCGUAGCUGGCGGUGUUGAGGAUGUCUACGGCGAAGAUCGUGCCACGGAGGACCAACUCGUCACCCCUUGGACUUUCUCUGUUGCCAGUGGCUACUCUUUGCUGAGAGAUCCACAAUACAACAAAGGGCUUGCUUUCACUGAGAAAGAGAGGGAUGCACAUUAUUUGCGUGGCCUCUUACCUCCUACCGUCAGCUCUCAGCAACUUCAGGGGAAGAAACUUAUGCACAACAUCCGUCAAUAUGAAGUUCCUUUGCAGAAGUACACGGCCAUGAUGGACCUUCAGGAGAGGAAUGAAAGGCUGUUUUACAAACUUCUUAUUGAUAAUGUUGAGGAAUUGCUCCCAAUUGUAUAUACUCCGGUCGUCGGUGAGGCUUGCCAGAAAUAUGGUAGCAUAUUCAAGCGUCCUCAGGGUCUAUACAUUAGUUUGAAAGAGAAGGGAAAAAUUCUUGAGGUUUUGAAAAACUGGCCGGAGAGGAGUAUUCAAGUUAUUGUUGUAACUGAUGGUGAGCGGAUUUUGGGACUUGGCGAUCUUGGAUGCCAGGGUAUGGGAAUUCCUGUUGGUAAAUUGGCUUUGUAUACGGCACUAGGAGGAGUUCGUCCUUCAGCAUGUUUACCAGUUACAAUUGAUGUGGGAACAAAUAAUGAGAAAUUACUGAAUGACGAGUUCUACAUUGGGCUUAGACAAAAGAGGGCAACUGGGAAGGAAUACUAUGACCUUCUGCACGAGUUCAUGAGUGCAGUGAAGCAAAACUACGGCGAAAAAGUUCUUGUUCAGUUUGAAGAUUUUGCAAAUCACAAUGCUUUUGAGUUGCUUGCAAAAUACGGUACAACUCAUCUUGUUUUCAAUGACGAUAUACAGGGGACUGCAGCUGUUGUUCUAGCUGGAGUUGUAGCAGCCCUGAAGCUCAUUGGUGGUACCCUACCUGACCAUAAAUUCCUCUUCCUUGGUGCUGGAGAAGCAGGAACUGGUAUAGCAGAGCUAAUUGCUCUUGAGAUAUCAAAACAGACUAAAGCACCUAUUGAAGAGAGUCGUAAGCAGAUAUGGCUGGUAGACUCAAAGGGUUUAAUUGUUAGUUCACGUGCGAAUUCACUUCAACACUUCAAGAAGCCUUGGGCUCACGAACACGAGCCUGUUGGCACUCUCAUAGAGGCCGUUAAGGUAAUCAAGCCUACAGUUCUGAUUGGAUCAUCAGGAGUGGGGAAAACAUUUACAAAGGAAGUAGUUGAGGCCAUGACAGCAAACAAUAAAAUUCCUCUCAUUUUGGCUCUUUCCAACCCAACCUCACAAUCUGAGUGUACAGCUGAAGAGGCAUACACAUGGAGCGAGGGUCGUGCAAUUUUUGCUAGCGGGAGUCCAUUUGAUCCUGUUGAAUACAAUGGCAAAACUUAUUAUUCUGGCCAGUCCAACAAUGCUUAUAUUUUCCCGGGUUUUGGUUUGGGUUUAGUAAUGUCUGGAGCAAUCCGAGUGCAUGAUGAUAUGCUUCUAGCAGCCUCGGAAGCUUUGGCGAACCAAGUGACAGAGGAGAGCUACAAAAAGGGCAUGACUUACCCACCUUUCACUGAUAUCAGAAAAAUUUCUGCCAACAUAGCUGCAAAUGUUGCUGCCAAGGCAUAUGAACUAGGCUUGGCUACACAUCUUCCUCGUCCUGAGAAUCUUGUCAAGUAUGCUGAGAGUUGCAUGUAUACUCCUUUAUACCGCAACUAUAGGUGAAGAAGGGCAUUUACUAUUGACUCUCAGGUUUUGGAAUUCAAUAAGGAUGUUUUUGCUGUAUGGUGUCCUUUUAUGCUCGUGCAAGAAUAAACGAUUUUAUGCUUUAUUUGAAACAAUGUUCUUUCCAUUAUGAGAUCCUUAUUUCAUCUCACCUCAUGCUAAUGACAAUGUUUGUUACAAGUUGUCUGAGAGCAUCUUCAAUGCUGGUUUCUCAUGUAUCUAUUAUUUUAUAAGAUGUCCCUUAUCAAAUUUAUGAAUCAA